AUGUUUCUUGAAAACAGCAAAUGGCAAACUUUGAAUAACGAUAAAAAUAAUUUUAUGGAUUCUGUAGAAUGCGUUAUCAGACAAGAUCUUUCACAUGAUAAUAAAAUUCCUGGACGUACAAAUCUGAUUUUGCAGCCUGAUCUCCCACCUGGAAGUACGGAGUUAGACAAUGGCAUGAUCCUUAUGUCAGGGAAUGUAAUGGAUGAACAUAUUUCACUUGGAACGAAUUCUAAGGCUCACAGUGAGAAAGAAAAAAUGUUUAUCAGCGUUGAAGAAAAAAUCUCUAAAAAGGAAGAUGACAAUGCUGUGGCUGGAUUUUCCGGAUUCUGUUCUCGUAAGAAGAAAUUUCCUAAGACCUUCCGUAGGAAAGAUACUCUAAAAACUAAUUAUCAAAUACACACUGGCAACAAACUCUUUGAGUGCGAUAUAUGUGAGAAAGACUUCUCUCGGAAAUCACAUCUUGACCGACAUUACAGAAUGCACACUGGCGAAAAGCCUUAUGAAUGCGGUAUAUGCGGGAAAAAAUGCAGUCGGAAAGAUCAUCUCAUCGUCCAUUAUCGAACACACAAAGGUGACAAGCCUUUUAUGUGUGAUACCUGCAAUAAAAGUUUUGCUCAUAAGGGUUAA